AUGACUCCAAAGUUUGGAGCUAUUGGAGGCUCAGAAGACAGUACAGUCAGGAGAUUACGAAAACGAAGUGGCAAAGUUUUUGGAAUCCCAAGUGGUGGACCAAUGAAGAGUGGCCACAAGCAGAAGAAGAUCCAGAGUGAAGCAUCCAGUAAACAGAUGGUUAAUGAAGGAGUUACAUCCGCUGCGGAUCUGACUCCUCAUGAAAAUGCAGGUUGA